AUGACCUUUACUCAAAUCAACUUGCACCACAGCAAAGGGGCCUCGGCGAUUCUGUCGAGGAAACAAGCUGCGGUGCACACAGCCAUUUUACUGAUACAAGAGUCUUGGCUUGUCCGGGGCCGUAUCAGUGGCGUAGCAGCAUGCGGGAGGUUAUUUAAGCCUCCAACAGCCGAAAAGCCCAGAGUCUGCGUAGCGGUGAAGGGCGUUGACGCUCGACUAAUCCCGCAUUUAUGUUUCAGAGAUGCGGUCGAGCUCGAUGUCGCUGAUUCCUUGGGAAGCAGGAGGGUGGUGGUGUGCUCCGCCACGGACACCAACGAUAGAGGUAGGAGGCUGUUAGAAUUUCUAGCGUCGACGGACCUGGAGAUUCUCAGCAGAGGUAACGAGCCCAUCUUUUGCACGGCGGCCAGAGGUGAGGUGACGACGUUCAGGGACCCCAGAAGGACCGAUUGGGACUCCUAUCGGGUGGACUUGAAAUGCCAUCUCGAAGGCUUCCCAAGGAGGCACGGGACCGAGGAGGAACUGGAGCUCUGCGUGGAUCAUCUGCAGAGGGCUCUGGUGGAGAGCUAUGAAAGGAACUGCCCAGAAAGGGCGGUUAAGAAUUCCAGGGGCAACUCCUGGUGGAGUCCCAAGCUGCAGGAGCUCAGAAACUACAGAGACUCUGUGGUAAAGGCACAGAAAAAGAGCUGGAAAGAGUUCUGCGAGUCGGUAGAGGGCGUGCCCGAGACCGCAAGACUAUGCAGGAUUCUAGCCAGAAACCCAGACGCCGUCCUGGACUCCAUUAGUCUCCCUGAUGGGACAAUGGUGACCAGGGAGCGAUGUCUGGUGCACCUGCUGGAGGCCAGCUUUCCGGGCUUUCGCAGGGAGCACGGUGAACUGUUCGCCCAUGAUGCGGAGGGCUCGCGCAGGCCUCGCAAGGCGGACUGGGGAUUAGCGGCCAGCAUUGUCAAGCCCGGAAAAGUGAGAUGGGCGAUAAACACCUUCAAACCCUUUAAGUCGGCGGGACCAGAUCAAGUAUUUCCGGCUCUUCUACAGGAGGGGCUGGAGCUGGUCGUGGGACCUCUGACAAGGACUUUGAGGGCAUGUUUGGCUCUGGGCCAUACGCCUAGCGCAUGGAAACUAGCGAGUGGUAUUCAUCCCAAAAGCGGGAAGAGUGAGCUACUCCUCUACUAA